AUGGCGGACGUGGUGCAAUACCGAUUGGAGCGCAUGGUGGAUGAGCUCGACGACCUCGAGCAGCGUGGUCUCUUCAGCCGCCGCGAGAUUGCCGAGAUCGUGAAGCAGCGUCGAAAAUUUGAGUACCAGCUGAAGCGGCCAUGUCCUUUGAAGCAAGAUUACUUGGCCUACGUCGAGUACGAGACUCAAUUGGAUGCGCUCCGUAGGCUUCGCAAAAAGUCCGUUGCGCGGGAAUUGAAGAAGCAAGGCAACAAGAAGCUGAACAAAUCCAAGUCUGAUUUCGCAGGCUUGCGUAGGAUUAUGGAGGUUUACGAGCUCGCUUUAAAGCGAUACAAGGGCGACAUCGAUCUCUGGUUUCGCUAUCUCGAGUUUUGCAGGACAAAAAAAAAUGGCAGGAUGAAGACGGGAUUGGCGAAACUUAUUAGGUUUCAUCCAAAGGUUCCGGGAGUUUGGAUUUAUGCUGCGGCUUGGGAAUUUGAUCAUAACUUGAAUGUUGCGGCUGCUCGUGCUUUGAUGCAGGAAGGUCUCAGAGUUUGUCCUACUUCGGAAGACCUUUGGGUGGAGUAUCUUCGGAUGGAACUUACUUACCUUAAUAAGUUGAAGGCACGGAAGGUUGCUUUGGGUGAGGAUGAAGGAACUCUCACACGUGAUCCUAAGAGUUCUGAUGAAAAACAAUGGAGGGAUGAAAACAAAGAGUUGUUCAUGUCACUAGAUGAAAGAAAGGAUGGUGAUGAUAAUGAUGGAGCAGUGGUUGGAAGUGAUGAGUCAGAAAAAAAGCAGGAAUUGUUUGUUGAACAUGGUAUGAAUAUGUUUAAGACUGUCUAUGGUGGAGCGGUUGAAGCUGUACCUUCAAGUCUCAGUCUUAGGAAGCGAUUUUUUGAAAUCUUGGAGGGUACAAAUUUGUCACAUCAUGAAGAUAUGUGUAAGGAGAUAUUGAAUGACAUGAAGAGGGAUUUUUCAACACAACCGGAAUUUUGGGACUGGCUUGCAAGGCGGGAAUGUGAUCUUGAAAAUGUUCAAGAGAUAAGUGAAGACGUCAUAAUUCCUCGGGUGGAAAAGACAGUUCAGGUUUAUGAGGAGGCUUUGAAAAAUAUUCCAUCAGGAACUAUGUUUAGUUUAUAUGCAAAUUUUCUAACGGCUAUUGUAGCUCCUAAAGAAGGAGAAACUGAUAUAAUUGGGUCGUCAGGUCAUGCUGUAAACUAUAUGUCACAACUCUUGUCAAUAUACGAAAGGGCUGAAAGCAUGGGAUGUAUUACUGAAGAUCUUGCUUGCAAGCACAUAUCCUUACAUUUGCAAUUGAGACAACUGGAUGAGGCCCGGAAACUGGCAGCAAAGCUUUGCAGUGGAAAACUUGCAGAAUCGGUUGAGUUAUGGGGGUUGAGAAUUACUAUAGAAAUUAGAUACAUCACAAGAAAUUCUCCUACACCUAGUGAGGCUGAUUUGCAAACCCUUUUUGAACUACUUCAACAAAUUUUGAUGAAAGUUUCUGUUUCAAAAUCAAAUAACUUGUGGCUAAAGGCCCUUAAGUUCUAUGCAAAUCAAAGAAAAUAUUUUGAUAAACUGGUGGAGAUUUCUGUUGAUACUUUGGUCAGAGAUGGUGGCAGUGAAAAUGGGGUUUCCCUUUCUUCUGCCAUUGUAAGUUUUGUGCUUCAAAAAGAUGGAAUUCAGCAGACCAGAGAUAUCUAUAAACGAUUUCUAGCUUUACCGCAUCCUGGCCUUGCCUUACAUAGACAUUGCAUUGAGUUGGAAACAAGCCUUGCAUCAAUAGGAGAUAAAGGUGGUCUCAUAAAUGCUAGGAAGUUGUAUGAAUCUGCACUCGCAACUUAUGAUCAAAAUGUCAGCUUAUGGCAAGAUUAUUAUCGCAUGGAGACCAAGAUGGGGACAUCGGAAAAGGCUACUGCUAUUUAUUGGCGUGCAAGGAGAGUACUCAAAGAUGCUAGUGAAUUUGUUGCUUCUCCAGAUAUGUGA